CCUAGGCUAGGUAGGUAUCUAAUUUUGUUUUGAAAUUUUAUUGGAAAGAAUUGGGCUAAUCUUACUAUGAUUUAAUUAUAAUAAUUAUAAAUUUAUAGCCCGCAAUCAACGGGGUGUUCCAUGGAAGUGAUUGAUUAUCAUAUGACAAUUGGCAAUAAGAUACAAUAGGUACAGAUUUAAUGAAUAAAUUAUAUUCCAUGAGAUCAGCAAUAUGAACGAUUUACCAGAAACCAGCACUGAAAAUGGUGUAACAGACCUUGAGACAUUGGAUUUUCUUCGCGGAGUGAAGUCGUCGACCUGCUUACUUCUAACUCCAAGCCCAACAACCUUGGACUUUAAGCAUCCACUUUCAGAAGAAAUUAAUGAAGGUCCAUUUUUAACAUUAAAUGAUGACAACAAAAGUGUCAAUAUUGGAAAUUCAGAAGCCAGUGCUGGAGACUCAAGUUCUUCUGGUGAUUCCAACUCAGUGGUUCAAGAUCCAGUUAGUGCGCAACUAAUUAAUAAUAUAAGUAUGCUGGAUUACCAAACACUUAGUAAGAAUGGUGAUAUAAUUAUGGGACAGCCUGAAGGCAAAGUUCAUGGAAGUAUCAGCUUAAAUAACAGAAAACUACCAAGCUUUGUGAACUGGAAUUGGAGUCUUAUUAGAAAAUUUCUUCUUUGGUUUGUCCUAUCAGGGCUUGUUGCUUGCCUGGCUGCUAUAAUCACUAUGGUGGUAACUAUACCCAAAACAUGCAACCCAGACCUGCCAUGGUAUCAAGGUAAAGUAUUUUAUGAAAUAUUUCCUGCUAGCUUUAAAGAUUCAAACAAUGAUGGCAUAGGAGAUCUAAAAGGACUAAUAAAAAAAAUUGAUUACAUCAAAGAAUUGGGAGGAUCCACUAUUAGGCUGAAUUACAUAUUUGAGGCACAUGAUUAUCCUGAGCAUUACUACAAUACCACAUCUGUGGUACAAAUUGACAGAAGUAUUGGUAACUUGAAAGAUUUUCAAGAGCUUGUAUCAGCCAUUCAUGAGAGAGAGAUGACUAUCAUACUUGAUAUUCCAGUUUUAAGUGUUAUAGAUUAUGUAACAUUGCCUAUCUCAAAUCACUCACUCGUAGCAGUGAAUGACUCUGUUACAAAGAAUAUUGAUGUCACAUCUGCUGCUAUUGCUUAUUGGUGUUCACAAAAUGUUGAUGGAUUCUAUCUUAAAAAUUUGGAGGAUUUUGUUGAUGAUGUUAAUUUUGGAAAAUCCCUGCAACUUUGGAAAAUGUUGUUAGGAAAUGGAAAAAUAUUAAUGGCAAGUGAAGAGGCACUAAAAAUGGCUAAAGGAGAAAGUCUCACUGUUCUGCUCAAUAGAAUAGAUCUGAUAGAUGUACAUUUGGAUCUCAAUGAUGGCAUUAGUGGUCUAAAAAACCACAUUAAUGAAGUAAUUUCUGGAAUUCUCUGGGAUAAACCACACUAUCCUUGGGUGCAUUGGAAUAUAGGAAAUAUAAAUAGUGAAAGGGUAUCAACAAACAAUGUCAACAACACUUUAGCAUUGACUGCUUUGGAGCUUGUACUACCAGGGACAAUAGGUAUAUUUUAUGGAGAUGAAAUAGGAUUGGGCAGUCUUGCAAAACAUGAAAUAGAAGGUGAUUUCCACGAACAUGAGCAUAUCCAUAACCUUGUUCCGAUGAGCUUUACUAAUAAUGAAAACAAUAAUGGAGUUUUACCGUGGACUGAUAAAUCUGUGUUAGAACCAAGAUACCACUAUUUGUCUAUCAUUAAACAAUUUAUUCAGUUGCGGCUGGAUACUCCAACUAUAUAUUUGAGGGCAAUUUAUAAAGAGGGGAAUCUUUUGAAGAAUAUGGAAAUUCGCGAAUCAGAUGAUAACCUUGUGGUGAUUGAACGUUGGUAUCCACGGCGAAACACGUGUGUGUUUGUGGGGAAUCUCGGUAAUAAGGCAAUUACAACAGAUUUAUCAACAAUGUUUUAUGGAGGCAUGGUCGUAGGUGGCACAAACACUUCCCUUGUAGGUGAGGUUUUGUACUUAGAUAAGGUCACCUUCCCUCCAAAUUCAGCCAUCAUAUUAAAAUUAGAUAAGUGACUUAUAAUGCUGUACGAAGCAAAGUUGUUUGUUAAUUUAGUUGAUAUUAUGUUUAAUUUUUAAUACCAAAUUUUAGUUAAUUGUUUGUAUGAUUAUACACAAAAAUUUUAUACUAAAAACAAAAUGCCAAAGGUGUGACCUUGCAAUGGUCAUGUUUAUUGUUCCUUGAUUAGUAGAUAUAGUUUUAUAGAGAUUUGGGUAAAAGAGUAUUUAGCAUAUUCAUGACUAUGUACAAUUGUUACAGCUCAUUAUAAUAGAGCUAAGAUUUUAUAAUCAAAAUUUUUUUGCUCUUAAUUUGUUAUUAACUUAAGUAUGUAAGUAGUACAUAUAUGUAUUAUAAAUCAUUCAAGUUAACUUAAGAUUUAUUAUAUAAUGAAUAUAACAUUGAUUUAUAAAAGCUGGCAUUGCACCGAUUAUGAUUUUCCUUUUUUUUGAAAUUUUUUCAUUUUCUGAGAUUAAUAAAAUUAUUAUUGUUUCUAGUCAUAAAUAUUACAGUUAUAGGUAUUCGAGGUAGGUAGGUAUUCAUGAUUUUAUAUUAGAUCAAAUUCCUAUGUACUUACUUUCUAAUGCUCUGAACAAAACUUUCGCAGUUUGAUCGAUAUAUUUAAUAUUAUUAUGUCUUUAAUGUAUGUAUUAUACAAAAAUGUUUAUUUAAACAUGUGUAGUUGCCACAAGAUAUAACUUUCCUUUUAAUCUUUGAUGCAAUGUUUCUGUUUCUAAUAUGUGCGUAUUAAAACUCAUUGAAUCU